AUCCAUUUGCAUCCAACAUCAUCACCUCUUUGCGCACGGCCUCGAGCACGCCGUUCCCGAGCAUCAAGACGCAUGUCGUAGCGCCUUCACCCUCGUUCUCGAGAAACGCCCUGCGCCCGCGGCCACCAUGGGAGCGUGGAAUAUCUUCCGCAUCCUGGGCGACCUGUCCCAUGCCCUGUCGAAAUGCAUCCUCAUCUUCGCCAUACACCGGAACCGCUCCGCCGAGGGUGUCUCCUUCAUCACGCAGUGCCUCUAUGCGCUCGUCUUUUGCACGCGAUACCUCGACAUCUUUAGGGAGCACUCGGUAUGGAACCUGCUCUUCAAGAUCUUCUACAUCUUCACCUCCUUCUACAUACUCGGUGUCAUGCAAUGGCUGUACCCGCGAUCGCGCGAGCGGGAGCUGUCGUGGAAGAUGGGAGGCGGCGUCCUGGGCGUGUCGCUGCUGCUGUCGCCAUUCAUGAUGCUCAUCUUUGAGCAUAUCUGGAGCUUCACAUCCUGGCUAUGGGUCUUCUCUCAGAUCCUCGAGUCCGCAUGCGUUCUGCCUCAACUACUGCUCCUGCGACAGACGACCGUCCCCACCGUCAUCGACUCGUUUUACCUGGUCGCCCUCGGGUCUUACCGUGCGCUGUACUGCCUCAACUGGAUCUGGCGUGAGUUUGAUGUCAGCGGACACAAGCCCAACGCCGUGUCGGUCAUCUUUGGCAUCAUCCAGACGGCCCUGUACGUCGACUUCGCCUGGGUGUACUACACACGCCAGCGGGUCAAGCUCCGGGGCGGCGGCGUCGUCGAUGCGGAUGACAUGCGCAGGGGCUGGCUACUGAGGCGCAUUUUCGGCAAGCGCAUUGAGCAGGCCGAGGACGAGGAGAGCACGCCGGCGCUCGGCGACGAGGACAGGGGCGGUCGCCCGAAAUGGGGCUCCCGAGGCAUCUCGGUGAGCGCCGACGAAGGCGUGCUGGAGGCGGACAGGCACCACCGCGAGGACGCCGACCUGGACACGGUGGACCCGGAUGCCAAGAUGCGGGACCCCGACGAGCUUGCCCGGGCGCUCGACGACGAUGAGGACGAGGCCGGUGCCUCGUCGUCCGCGCCCAAGAAGCCUAGCGUCCCAGGCAUACGGAGUGGUGACGAGUGGAACGACUAGGUGCAUGCGCUGCACGACGAUUGGCGCGCCGCGGCUUUCACCAAGAGCUGACAGGGAGCGCCAGGGAUGCGGGCUGAUGAUCUGCAUAUCACAGCCAGCUAAGGGUCGCAUUUUCACCAAAGCUAGACGCUGAACAUGCGCCAGCACUACACAUUUUGAUUCGUCCAUCUUGGAUUCAGUCGUACGUUAGCCGGGAGUUAAAUGGAAGAUCGUAGGGAAUUACAUGGCGAUUGUGUUUAUCGGUGCCGUUGCCUAGCACGCUGUGAGGCGGGGUCAGAGUGAAACGCCGUCAUGCCUCACGUAUGACCCAUCGCUUCUGGGGCACAAGGCCAGGGGCAAUGCCAAAUGUCAUUCACUUACGCACAAGGGCCACGACACGUCUUGAUGACGUUGACAUCAUCUCCGUCGGCUCCCGACUGCCAUCAUGCGAGCGCGAAUGACAUUCGUGCCACGCCU